CCUCCUUACCAUCAUCCUCUUCGCCUCCGCCACAUCCACGUCCAUGGCCUCCUCUCUCGACUCCCAGCCCACCGCCAACGGCACAUUCGCAGCUGACCCUGCUUCCCACAUAGCCAAGAAGCCAAAAAUUCUUUCCACCAUUACCCCUGCCGAGAUUCUCUCCGAGUUCUCCCACCACGACCCCUCCGUCACCCGCAUCAACAACGGCAGCUUCGGCUCCUGCCCCGCUUCAGUCCUCUCCGCCCAGAAACAAAUCCAGCUUCAGUUCCUCUGCCAGCCCGAUGACUUCUAUGUCAACCACCUCCAGCCCGGCAUCCUCCGGUCUAGAACCCUUAUCAAACAGUUCAUCAAUGCCGACCACGUCGACGAGGUCUCUAUUGUAGAUAACGCCACCACCGCUGCAUCUAUUUUUCUGCAGCAGAUCGCUUGGGGAUUCGCGGAAGGGAGGUUUCAGAAAGGGGAUGCAGCCGUGAUGCUUCACUAUGCUUAUGGUUCUGUGAAGAAGUCGAUGGAAGCCCACAUCACGCGAGCAGGUGGGCAUGUUAUUGAGGUUCCCUUGCCUUUUCCGGUUACUUCACCUGAUGAGAUAGUGCAGGAAUUCAGGAGGACUCUACAGAGAGGGAAAACGGGUGGUAGGAGAAUUAGGUUUGCAGUGAUUGAUCAUGUUUCUUCCAUGCCUAGUGUUGUGAUUCCUGUUAAGGAGCUGGUUCAGAUUUGUAGGGAAGAGGGAGUUGACCAGGUUUUUGUGGAUGCUGCUCAUGGAAUCGGUUGUGUUGAUGUUGAUGUCAAGGAAAUUGGAGCUGAUUUUUACACUAGUAAUCUGUACAAGUGGUUCUUUUGCCCUCCUUCUGUGGCGUUCCUGUAUUGCAAGAGGUCAGUAGAAAGUAGUUGUAAUUUGCAUCAUCCGGUGGUGUCCCAUGUGUAUGGAAAUGGGUUGGCUAUAGAGAGUGCUUGGAUUGGGAAUAGGGAUUACAGUCCUCAGUUGGUGGUUCCAAAGGCUGUUGAGUUUAUCAAUAGGUUUGAAGGUGGUAUUGAGGGAAUCAAGAAGAGGAAUCAUCAAGGGGUUGUGGAGAUGGGAGAGAUGUUGGCAAAGGCAUGGGGAACCCAUCUUGGAUGUCCACCACAGAUGUGCUCUAGUAUGAUCAUGGUUGGCUUGCCUGCUUGUUUGGGGAUUUGGAGCAGUGAAGAUUGUCUGAAACUGAGAACACAUCUGAGGGACAAGUUUGCUGUUGAAGUUCCCAUCUAUUACAGAGCACCAAAGGAUGGGGAAGUUGGUCCAGUAACAGGGUAUGCCCGAAUAUCAUAUCAAGUUUACAACAAACCAGAAGAUUAUUUCAAGUUUAGGGACAUAAUAAAUAAGCUUGUGUUUGAGGGGUUCACCUGUGAGUCUCUUUCAAAUGAAAAGGCAUGAACAAGAGCCGUGGCUAUGUGCUUGGUUUUGGUUCUAAAAGUCAAAACCAAGCAACAGCCAUAUUUCAUGAUGACCAAUCUAAUAUGGCCGGUGUUUUGCAUCUGAUGUGUACUACUUAUUUUGUAAAGAUACGGUUUGCAGUAAAUGAUUGAAUGGUCCUGGAGUUGAGCAUCC